CUUCGCAGGGAUAAAUGUACACUUGGCGUCGGCUACGAAGCUUUUAGCGACGCCAGAACGAAACGGCCGCUCGUCAACAAUCGUCGUCGCGUCUCAUCGUGCAUCUUCCAAGACCGCGAGAUUCAUAUGCCUGCUGCUCGAUCCAAGAUCGAACAGCGUCUCAACGGAGGAGUGACGCUCAAUCAUCGGGGGAUGAAAGGUCUCAUAAUGCGCGCUUGGAUUCUUUUUGGUUUACUCUCCCUGGUCUCUGGCCAGCUAGAUCUACCCUCUCUGAACGACGAUUCUCGAAACAAUCUCGGGAGAGGUAUUCCACCUACCGAAGCACAGCUACAAGAUAUUUUAGCCAGAUUAGAUUUCCUUGGUACCGAAAGAUGUAACGCCAAUGUGGCAGCGCAGUGGGCCUACGAAACCGACGUGAGCGAGUACACGCAGCUGCAGGCGCUGGAAGCUCAGAGAAUAUACGCAGACUUUCAAAAUCAAGCCUGGUUCUUGAUUUCGAAGAUCGAUAAGGAUAACAUUAGGGAUCCUGUAGUCAGAAGACGUCUCAGAUAUUUAUCUGUUGUUGGACCAUCGGCGCUUCCACCGGAUCAAUUGGACAGAUACAAUAGCGUGAUCAACGAUAUGCUGGCAGUGUAUAACGAUGCUAGCAUUUGCGCGUACAACGAUCCCUUCCGGUGCGGGCUGCGGCUGUAUCCAGAUAUAUCGCAGAUCAUGGCGAAAAGCCGCAAUUGGGAUGAGUUGCAGUAUGUCUGGGCAGAAUGGAGAAGACGAAGUGGGAUGAGGAUCAAGGACCUCUAUCAACAACUCGUCAUGUUAAACAAUGAAGCUGCUAGAUUGAAUAAUUUCACUGAUGCAGCCGAAUAUUGGAUGUUCCCCUAUGAAUCUCCAAACCUACAACAAGACAUCGAUGAAGUAUGGGAAAUGAUACGUCCUCUUUAUGAAGAAUUACACGCGUACGUUCGAAGAAAAUUGAGGGACCUGUAUGGACCUGAAAAGAUCGGCACUCAUGCUCCUCUUCCAGCUCAUAUUCUUGGUAAUAUUUGGGGACAAUCGUGGACCAACAUCAUUGAUAUCACGGUGCCGUAUCCAGGGAAAAAUUAUCUGGACGUGACACAGGAAAUGCAGGCCCAGGGUUACACGCCUAUCGAGAUGUUCAGGAUCGCGGAGGAAUUUUAUCUGUCCCUCAACUUGAGCGCCAUGCCUCCUGAAUUCUGGGCUGGUAGUAUAAUUGCGGACCCUGGAAAUCGACCUUUAAUUUGCCAGGCUUCUGCUUGGGACUUUUGCAAUCGUUUAGAUUACAGAAUCAAGAUGUGUACUAAGGUUACCAUGAAGGAUCUAAUCACAGUACAUCACGAAAUGGCUCACAUUCAAUACUUCUUACGUUACAGCGGAUUGGCUCGAGAAUUCAGAGACGGCGCCAAUCCAGGAUUCCACGAAACAGUGGGUGAAGCCGUUGCCCUCAGUGUCGCCACUCCUCGUCAUCUACAAACCCUCGGUUUGGGUACCAAGUUUAUCGAUGAACCUACAGCGGAUAUUAAUUACCUGUUCUCUUUGGCGAUGGACAAAUUGGUGAUAUUGCCAUUCAGCAUUGCGAUGGAGAGAUGGCGGUGGGACAUCUUCCGUGGUUACAUCACUAGGGAAGACUACAAUUGUCAUUGGCAUCGAUUGAUGGAACAAUACGCUGGAAUCAAGCCGCCUGUUUUGAGAACCGAGGAUGACUUCGAUCCUGGCGCCAAAUAUCACAUUCCUGCGAACAUCCCUUAUAUUCGGAACUUUGUGGCAGGGGUCCUUCAGUUUCAACUCUAUCGAGCAUUAUGCGAAGCGGCUGGACAGAGGAACGUAGACGAUCCCAGGAGACCUCUGCACAGAUGCGAUUUCUACAGAAGCCCGGAAGCUGGCAGGAUCUUGGGGAAAAUUAUGGAAAGAGGCUCGUCGGUACCGUGGCAAGACACGCUUCGAGAAGCUAUAGGGGACGACAAAUUGGACGCGUCUGCACUCAGAGAGUACUUCAGGCCUCUCGAAGACUGGCUGAGAACGGAAAACCUGAGAACCGGGGACAUCGUCGGCUGGUCUUACGACGGAGAUUACUGCAAGCGCAGCAUCGAGACUGCUGGUCUGCAGGUCUACGGAAGCGGAUUCUACAACGAAGCCACAAGAACGCGUGUGACGACAAUUUUACUAGCGAUUCUCUUAACAGUUUCGAUACUUCGUUAAUAAAGCAGAAAUUUAGUAGAACAGCGAGCCAGAUGUUCAAGCAUUUUUUAGGAUAUUUUUUAGCAGUGACGAUCAAUGCUUCUCGAUCUGUCAAGCAAUCAAAAACCAAACAAAUGACCAAAAUAUUUCUAGAUGAUUGUUUUCGUAUAGUAGUAUAAAGCAUAUUCUCGAUCGAGAACGAGCGUUCUUUAUAUAAAAUAAGAUGCGUCGAAUUGGAAACGUCGCGUGUACCCAAUAAUUAUUGUUAUUGUUGUAAAUAUUCACUACUAAUUUAACAGCGAUCCGCAACAUGGCAAUGGUACGCGUCUGCAAUUAAGCUCGCGUGCGAGCAGCACUCGUGUGAGCGCAUAAAUCGUUUCAGCAUGUCGGGGGCCACUCUCGUGUCGCGUACCUUGAAACGUCUCGGCCCCGACGUUUAAUAAAGACAAAGAGAUUUACGUCCUCCAUCGUUAAACGCUGCCAGCGUGCUUUCCAGACAGACACGAGUCGUGCUUUUCUUCUCUAGAACUCCAGCUUAGUCGUAGACCCACCACGAUAGUGGCCACGAUCAAUUCGUAAAAUAUCGUUUGAAAUUUUAUAAACUCGUAACGAUACAUUCUUAGCAAUUUUUUACAAUCUCUUAGAAAGUACGAACUUGCUUUUUCUUUUGUAUUAGAUAUCUUUUUCCAUAUUUACUGGAAACUUUAACAAAACGUCGGUCAAUGAAAUUAUCGUUUAGUAGAAAAUUUAGAAACGGACCCUUGGACUUUAUUCAAAGAUUAUUUUGGUAUAGAUAAUCAAGAUUCUACCAUACUUUUCAUUUUGGCUCUUUCGAUGCAUAUUUUACGCCCCAGUUAUCGGUAAUUCUAAUAUUAACUCUACUAUACCCAGUUGUAAAUAUAUGUACCUACGUAUAUAAAUCGUUCAUAGUUCUGUAGAUCGUGGAAUAUCGUGAGAAACAGAAUUAACGAAAAAAUAAGCUCGUUUCGUAAUUGCCUUCGCGACACGGUUCGUAAGCCACGUCUCAAACAAUUCCACAAUCGCGUAUCGUAAUUGGAAGAUAUUUCGAUCGCAAAUGGGAACGAGCUCGGUCCGUAACGAUCGUACGAAUUAUAUCGUUCGCUCGGUAUCUUUGCAAUUUUCAUGAGGAGAAAAUCAAUAUUCCGUAGUAUUAUUGGUAUAUGCAUUUUGUACCAUUAAAUGUCGACCGUGCCGUUAGAGCGAAUUAUUUUUACCAUAAUAUAUUCUCGUAGGAGAAAAUGAACGUGUAAACACGGAAAUCGAAAUGAACGAAGAUUGAAAUAAAUUUUUAGCGCCAAGUAUUUCCAGGUCUGUAGCGAUAAUUAGGCUUUAUGGGUGAUUUAAACACGCAAAAAUCUUUAAUAGAUGAUUUGAACACGUAUAAACGAUUAUUGAUAUGCAUUAGUAAAUAGAAAUUAAUUAAUUAAUUAAUUAAUAGCAGUCUAGUAAUAAUAACGGUAAUAGUAAUAAUGUGAUAAUGGCAAUGCUGCGUUUGAAAUUCAAGAUUUCAAACCACAAAGAAGAUACUUUUUUUAUUGUUCACCAGUCCACAAAGGGAGCCUGUUGUCCGCAACCCAUUAUUCCCGAUUUUCGUGGCUCUCACAGGAGUAGAAACGAGCCUCGACCAUCGAAUAAAAACCGUUUGACGGCGAAGAACCGAAAUUAGUUUCUCGGGUUACGUAAUUAAAGGAUCGCAUGUCCAUUCGCUGUAUCGCGGAUAAUCGCGUUAUUACGAAACCCAUAAAAAUUGUAAUUCCAUGGGGCACGUCUUUGUUUAACGAAUCCCUUUGUUUCAGUUUCCGAGUAGAUCUCAAUAUCGCUAUUGUACACACUUGUAUAUUCACUAAUCUACCUUGACAAUCUUUUCAUUUCUUUCAUCUAUGAUUUCGAGUCUUCGAUUAAAUAUUGCAACAUAAAUCGUGUAUAAUUUUAAUCAAGAAUGUUGGGCUCUAACAGGUAAUCCAAUGAUUUGUGAAAUUUAACAAAGAUACUGUUCUCUUCCUGGAUCUUUCCUUGAUACGUGCAGGACCGACAGCUUUCACGAGAACCGCAAUAGGAGACGUUAUUGUUCUUACGGGGACAGCUGCUCAGACAUAAUUACACAAAGGUGGUUUGUCCAGAAACUGGUUCACCCACUUGCGUAACACGAAGAUGCGGAAACCGAGUUCGAAAGAGCCGACGCUCGAUUGCGGCAUCAAACGUGCCUCGAUGCUUUUAUUCCACUCGUCUUGAACGUGUCUAGAUCUUAUCUACACCUUUCGAUGCGUCUCGAAUGUUACUAUGAUCGAUACCGUCUUAACGUUCAAGUAUCAUUAUACUUACGGUAGGUGAUGAUGUUUCGAUUAAUCUGUCCUGUGACGAUGGCUAACUGUUGUUAUUACACCUGACGAGAAAGCGAAAUCGAAAUGGAAACGAUAUUUCCUCACACUUUUCUAUAAAUUAUUUCUAUAAAUUAUUUACGAUCGGGCGAUUCGCAGAAAUUCGUUAGAUUUCUCCUCUAACUUGCUUAUACGCAAUAGAGAAAAUCACACAAAAUAAUCACCCUAAAAGAAAAAUAGCAAAUCAAAAAUUUACGAUUCUCGUUCCAUUCGAACUGCAAAUAUUUAUGCAAAUUUGUAUUUAUACGAACAUAAUAGAAUAGGUAGAACAUUGUAUAAUCCAUAUAAAUUUUGCAACAACGUGACACUAAUUCUGUGGAA